AAAGCGGCUGAGCUCCAGAAUUCAUUGAAGAGUUCAAAAUCUUGUUGUAGAAGACGAUUUUCCUAGUUUUCUCGGCGGAGUUUAGUAAACAAGGUGUGUGCAUAAGGACACGAAUAGGUUCCUCAAUCCCUUCUUGUUCUAGAAAAAAUGGACACCGGACAAUGCUCUGGAUCGAAGGAAAAGGUCUGGCCAUGGGCCAAAUUAGUGCCAAGGGAUGUCAGAUAUCGAGAAAUUGAAAUCAGGUCCGCUGAAGAGGUUAUAUGCUCUCAAAUCACGGACUCAUCUCUAGAUGCUCUUGCGUGGUGUGCCAUUAUACGUGAUGGAGAUGAUUGCGUGGCAAUUAAAAACCUGAGCUCAACAGCAAUCCUAGUUGAUGGAAAUCUUGUACAAGAAGAGUUGGUGGCUUUGAAACAUGGAAUUGAAAUCAUUCCGGGACCUUGUAGAGAAGGCUACAUGAGUUAUGUCUUUCAAGAAACAUACGCUCAUAGUCAAGACGGAAAAGGUUUAAAGAUCUCAUUAGACGCCGAGCAUGCAAAUUGCAGCAUAUGCCUGAACAUAUGGCAUGAUGUUGUUACCGUUUCUCCCUGUCUUCACAAUUUCUGCAAUGGCUGCUUUUCAGAGUGGCUGAGAAAAUCGUCAACUAAGCCUGGUGGUAGACAUCAGAGUGUUGUUUGUCCUCAAUGCAGAGCCGUUGUACAUUCUGUUGGAAGGAAUCACUUUUUGCAUAAUAUCGAGGAGGCUAUAUUACAAUCUUCUUCCUCCCUAAAGCGUUCUGAUGAAGAACUUGCGCUGGCAGAUACACUAGCUUCAAUUAACUCAAAUAUUUUAUUGGGGAUUCCGAAAGGACCUUCGAGAAAGAGAACUUUUGUGGACGCCAAUGAUGAUGGUGGUAGAGUUGAUUUUCCUUGUCCACAAUGUGGAACUGAACUUGAAGGAUUCAAAUGCAGCCAGACCACUGCUCACUUGCAGUGUCAUAAAUGUAGCGGAAGGAUGCCAUCUAGGCCUGAUAUUGGUGUACCACAACACUGUCUAGGAUGUAAUAGAGCAUUUUGUGGGGCUUACUGGCUAUCUCAGGGCAUGGAUUGGAAAGCAUUUAGCAUAAUUUGCAGUCCAGAAACACUCAAACCAAUCUCAGAGCACUACAUUACAAGAAUUCCAGAUUCAGUCCACCAGAGUAAUCAGUAUGAAAGAGACGUGACAGAAAGGUGUAUAAAUGAAACAGGAAAGACAUUACAGGGUGUGCUUUCGGAAUGGUUUGCAAAAUUCAUUAACCGAGAAAUUGAUAUGUCAAAUCUACAAAUGAAUCAUCCUGAAGCUAUAACUGCUAGGACACCUCUAUGCAAUGGUUGUUAUGAAAAAUUGGUGGAUUAUCUCCUUUACUGGUUCCGAAUAACACUGCCUCCUCAUCUUUUCCCACCUGAUUUAGCUGCAAGACAGAACUGCUGGUAUGGUUAUGGGUGUCGCACACAACAUCAUAACAGCGAACAUGCAAGGAAGAGAAACCAUGUUUGUCGGCAAACGAAAGGAAUGCUUACAUAGCCCUCAUUUUUCAUCACAUUCUCAAUCCUAAAAUUGGUAGGAGUUGUUUGUCUGUUACUGAUUCUCAACCAUUAGUUGUUGUUGGCUUGACACGAAUCCUUCUUCUCCAUGUAUUACUGCUGCAUGCUUUACGAAGUACUAUUUCUUAUUUAUGCAAAUGUUUUUAUUGCACAGAUUUUAUUCAAAUAGUAUCAUUGAUCUUGAAA